UUGGCAGAUAACAGACUCAACCACAGAUGGUUGAGCAAGGCUGCAUGAAAGAGAGAGGGAGAGAGAGCAAAGCGAACGCAAACGGAGAGCGAGCGAGUGGGAGGUGCAGCGCAAAGGCUUCUCUGUUAGUCCGUGAGUCUGAGAAGAAGAGAGGAGAAGAGAGGAGAAACCGCUGAAUGUCAGAAGCCUGCAGCAGCCGAGGUCUCUUCCCAAAGAACCAAGGACUACACAGACAUACAGCACAGGCCCACUGCAGUCUGGAGCCACAGACCUGAACUACAGUUACCGGAGUGUAUGUGUGUGAGAGAGCCUGUCAGAGUAAUUGAUGUGAGCGUGUGUCUGAAUGGGUAAGCAGCAGUAGCCUGCUGAAGUAAUUUGUGUGUGUGUGUGUGUGUGUGUGUGUGUGUGUGUGUGUGUGUGUGUGUGUGUGCGCGUGUGCACCCAUUCACAGUUCUUAUUAGCUGACCAGCACACACAGCUGCAGGGCAGGAGGGGGUUGAAGGGGCAGUGUGUGUGUGUGUGUGUGUGAGGCAUGCAGGUGAGCAGGGUUAAUUGACUCUGUGACACCAACGUGUGUGUACAGUAUGUGUGUGUGUGUGUGUGAUAUCGGGAUCAGAGCACACACACGACAGGAGGAAGUGACACGCCUCUUCUCGCGCUCUCGGAUUUCCUGAAGCCUCUCCGGUGGCACGAGGAGCGCUGGUAGGACCCGACUCUGAGCUGACCUCACCCCUGAUUCUGGAGCCCAACUAGGGUACCUACAGACACAAGACUGUGGAGGACUGGCAGUGGAUGUUUGGAAUCGAGAGGUGCCACUUGGACUGUGUGUCCCUAUACGUGUGUCCCUAUACUGACCUACUGAGGUGACUGACUGUGAACGCAUAGUGGAUGUGAAGAGCUCUGGGACUGUGAGCAUUGUGAACCGUGAGUGUGGCUGAAUGCCUCUACAGAUAGAGUAUUUCCCCCUUGGGGACAAUCAGGUUUCCUCCUGCUGCUCUGCUGCGUGUCUAUAGGCAGCGAGGGCUCGUAUUUAACUCCUAAAUGACUGGCAGCAACAGCAUGAGCAGCGGCUACUGCAGUCUGGACGAGGAGGGCGAAGACUUCACCUUCUUCACCGCAAAGUCCACCUUCUUCCGCCAGCCCCCAAAGCUGGUUAAGCAGAAGGAGGUCGAAGAGGACAGAGGGCCCAAGGCUCUGUCAGAGGAAGAAUUGCGGGCCAGGAUAGAGGACUACAACUCUAUGGUCUCAGAGAAUGGCAUGAAACUGGGUGCUGAUGGUUUGUACACUGGCUUCAUUAAGGUCCACCUUCGACUAAGUCGACCAGUCACGAUGCUCACUAUGGAGUGGACAGGAUUAGACGGCCAGGCGGAAAGACAAGGUCGGCCAAUGACGGUGUCAGAAGGCCAGGAGGGGGCGGGAGCAGGGUUCAGUGAGAAGCGGACGUCGUUCUACCUGCCCAGUGACUGUGUGAAGCAGAUCCACAUCAGUAGUACUACCACAGUCAGGGAGGUCAUACAGGGCCUGCUGAAGAAGUUUAUGGUGCAGGAUAACCCACGCAAGUUUGCUCUGUACAGACAGACACACCGUGAUGGACAAGAUCUGUUCCAGAAGCUUCCUCUUGUGGAAUGUCCUCUCGCUCUGAGACUGGUGGUGGGUCCAGAUCCUGAGCUGCUCAGCUUCGUCCUCAAGGAGAACGAGACCGGAGAGGUGGACUGGCAUGCGUUCUCGGUUCCUGAGCUGCAGAACUUCCUGGUGAUUCUGGAGAAGGAGGAGGCAGAGCGUGUGCGAUUGGUGGAGCAGAGAUUCGCAGUCUACCGACAGAGCUUGCAGAAGGCAUUACAGGAGGAUCAACCCUGACCCCUCACCCUUUACCCCUCAUUUCUCACUCUGACCUUUCAACCCUCACCCUCUUUUGACCCAGGGAGAGACAGGAGCCCACUGAGGCUUUGACUACUAUUCUCCCCUCGGGACACGGGCAGCCCCUCCCUCACUCCUCACAUCCCCUCUGGAGAAGAGAGGCGGGGUUGAGAAAGCAUGGAAAGGGGAAAAGGGACUGUUUGAAGGACGAGUGGACAGGAUGCUGGAACAAAAGAAGUCUGUGUAUCCCUGUGAGUAAAAAGACACUGAACUGAAGGACCGUCUGACUUUGUUGGGGCUCGGAUAUCUCGGUUUGAUCUGACAAUCUGACCUGAUGGGUCUUCUAAUGUUACUUUGAAUCUCAGUUUGGGCUGAUAAAGUUUCAAAGAUUCUACUGCUGCUGCUGCAAGUGUUACUUACGCAUGAGGCUCACCUUGCUCUAUCUGCCCCAGUGCCCCUGCCUAAAGAGUCUCACCUUGCUCUAUCUGCCCCAGUGCCCCUGCCUAAAGAGGCUCACCUUGCUCUAUCUGCCCCAGUGCCCCUGCCUAAAGAGUCUCACCUUGCUCUAUCUGCCCCAGUGCCCCUGCCUAAAGAGUCUCACCUUGCUCUAUCUGCCCCAGUGCCCCUGCCUAAAGAGGCUCACCUUGCUCUAUCUGCCCCAGUGCCCCUGCCUAAAGAGUCUCACCUUGCUCUAUCUGCCCCAGUGCCCCUGCCUAAAGAGGCUCACCUUGCUCUAUCUGCCCCAGUGCCCCUGCCUAAAGAGGCUCACCUUGCUCUAUCUGCCCCAGUGCCCCUGCCUAAAGAGUCUCACCUUGCUCUAUCUGCCCCAGUGCCCCUGCCUAAAGAGUCUCACCUUGCUCUAUCUGCCCCAGUGCCCCUGCCUAAAGAGUCUCACCUUGCUCUAUCUGCCCCAGUGCCCCUGCCUAAAGAGUCUCACCUUGCUCUAUCUGCCCCAGUGCCCCUGCCUAAAGAGUCUCACCUUGCUCUAUCUGCCCCAGUGCCCCUGCCUAAAGAGUCUCACCUUGCUCUAUCUGCCCCAGUGCCCAUGCCUAAAGAGUCUCACCUUGCUCUAUCUGCCCCAGUGCCCCUGCCUAAAGAGGCUCACCUUGCUCUAUCUGCCCCAGUGCCCCUGCCUAAAGAGGCUCACCUUGCUCUAUCUGCCCCAGUGCCCCUGCCUAAAGAGGCUCACCUUGCUCUAUCUGCCCCAGUGCCCAUGCAUAAAGAGUCUCACCUUGCUCUAUCUGCCCCAGUGCCCCUGCCUAAAGAGUCUCACCUUGCUCUAUCUGCCCCAGUGCCCCUGCAUAAAGAUUUAGGACCAGGACAGACAUUACUAUUCAAAGCAACGCUCCAUGGUGGGUGGACCAUUUGGAAUGUUCCAUUACUUGAUGUUUAUUAUAUCAACUCUCAUGUUGUCCCUGCAUGCCUUCUGUCCAGGGCCGAGGGUAGGAGGGGAGGGGGGUGUAUGGUUGGAUUGGGAAGCAGGGUUGCUAUGCUGGGGUAAAGCUGUGUAGGGUUAGGGUGUGGGAAAAGGAACACCAGAAUCCAUUCUCAUCUUCAGACUCCUCUCAUAUCAGUCCCAGGGAUGUACAGCGGUAUUUCUCAUAGAGCUGCUUGAACAUCUCUGUCCUAACUUCUUUAUCCAGCACUGAAAUGAACCCUCUAUCUCAGGCGGCUAACUUGCACUUAACCCUGCAUCUCCCUCUACCAGAGUAACCAUGCUAGUGUGGGAGGUCUUGUGCAGACAGACGUGUAUUUCAUAGGUAGAUCUCAUUCCCAUCUCUUCAGAUUGCCAUUUGUGUACCCUGACAGCAGUCAUAUAUAUAUAUAUAUAUAUAUACACAAUAGGCCUUCUAUACCCAAUAGAUAUCCACCCUGUUAUUCAUUAACCCAUUCUACGUAAGCAUACAGUACGUAAACAAUCAACACAAGUAAGCAUUCCUUCACUGCUUGAACCGUCUGCUGGUGUUUUAAGCAUUUACAAACAGCUCAAUGGGAUGUUGAUGUUCUGAUUCUUCGUGAACUGUUGACCCUAUCUCCUAACCUGGAAAUUGACAUUUCCUCUGAUGGGAGACUUGCCGUGUCGCUGGCUCUGUGUCUGUGUAGAGCGUAUGCAGCUGUAGCUACUGUUGUUAGAGGCCUGUUAGAGCCAGCCACUCUGUGCUGCUGUGACAGGCCCAUGAAGCCCUGCCACUGAGCCGACUGUUAACAGGACUGAGUGAAUGAGAGGGACUGAUGCUUAAACACUGAUUUGGAGGUCAAGGGUCAUACCGCGAGGAGGUACUCCCGGUCAGUUCAUGUGGUCAGGGAAAAACUCCUGUCCGUAUUGUUCAUUGAGAAACACCAUUCUGUCGAUCACAUCCAAGUUAAGAGGGACCCCUGUGUCCCCCUCUCCCCAGAGGUAGUGGGAUAUCUGACUGGAAAUAUGACUUAUUGUAGAAUAAACAAACUGAUUCUGGCCACAGGUCUGUAGAGUAUCCUAGAGAAGGGGCAUGAAAUUAGGCAUGAAAUGAGUGAUUAUUUUGUAGAAAUAGAAUUUUAUCAUACCAAUGAUGUUUUAUCUGAGUGUGAUGCAUACAGAGCGUUCAGAAAGUAUUCGUACCCCUCGACUUAUUCCACAUUUUGUUGUGUUACAGCCUGAAUUCAAAAUGGAUUCAAUAUUUUCUCUCAUCCAUCUACACACAAUAUCCCACAAUGACAAAGAGAACAUGUUUUUAGAAAUGUUUGCAAAUGUAUUGAAAAUGAAAUACAUAAAUAUCUCAUUUACAGAAAUAUUCACACCCCUGAGUCAUACGUUGUAGAAGCGACUUUGGCAGUGAUGACAGUCUUUUUUUUAGGUAAGUCUCUAAGAGCUUCGCACACCUGGGGCCUCAUUUAUUAAUCAUGCAGAUGCACAAAUCUGUGUGUAAACCAUACAUGGAGUUGUUUCCACGCAAAGUGUGAGAUUUAUGAAUAUGAACGCUUGCUUGAGAGUGUGCAUACAUUUAUGCACGAUCAUGACCAUGCUUACGCACAGUGCCAAAUGCUGGAAUAUGGAAACUGCUUGUUGAGCGUAGAAUUGGGAAAAUAUAUGUUGAAAAUGUGUGGAAUUAUCAGAGUAAUAAUUUUUUUUUAAUGAUUUAAUUGUUUUUCCAUGCAACAUAUCUUGACAUGCAACAUAUCUUGACAUGCUAUAUAAUUUGACAACAUCAGUACAUGUGUUACGAUAAUAAUCCAUAUAAAGUACAGUCAUUUGUUAAAAGUAUUUCAAACAUUGUUGAAAAGCUAUAAAAGCCUCAGCUAAUGUGAAAUCGAAUGAGUAAUGGCUGAUAUUGUUCUGUUUUGAAGAUUUGCCACACGCUGCAUUUCGCAAAAAGCGCGUUUGUUGAGACAGGUGGGACUUUUUCUGCAGAAAGUACAGAUUGGCUCAUCAGAUAUAAUUAAUCAAAAACAAUCUUAUUGGAUUUUUGAGAGGAUUUAAGACCUACUUUAAAAAGGGCACUUUAAUAAGGGUACUUGGCAACGGGUACUUUUCAGCGGGAGCUUGCCGUUCGGCAUCACAGCCCUCGAUGAGCCAAUGUUUUGGAUGAAAUCAUCAGCAAAACUUAGUGACGCAUACAAUUUCAAGUCAAGAGGGCUUUCUUUGCCAUCAACGGGUUCCCAAGUACGAACAGAGCAAUAGACGGCACCCACAUUGCCAUCAAAUUACCAUCCCAAAACUAUGUGAACAGAAAAGGCUUCCACUCUUUAUGUGCAGGUUAUAUGAUGCCCGAAAAACGCACGACUCGUUCAUUCUGCACAACAGCAAUGUUAGCCUAUACGCCUACCUGAGGGAGCUGUUGAAGAUGGAUGGCUUAUUGCUUAGUGUUACCUACUUAUUUUAAGUAUAUUUGCCAUUGCUAAAGCAACUUGAAUUGUCAUAAUGGUCCUCUUUGUCGAUAUGUUUUUUGUGUGUUUACUGGUCAAGCCACAACUGAGCGAGCCAAAUCAAAUAUUUUGGUUGUACUCACUGACACUAGCACCUCAAUUUCAGUCUCAGAAAAAAGAAAAAAAGAAUCUUUGCCUUUUUUUGGUUAGGCUGUUGUAUUUCAUGGUAUGGAGUUGUGUAUUCCCCACGUGCUUUAAAGUGAUGGUUUUGAAAUGUGGUUUGCAAUUGAAAAUUAUCCUAAUUAAACAUUGUUUAAUUAUGUUUAUUUAGGGGCAUUUUGAAACGCAAUCCACCAAGGUCGUGCAAGAGCACUGAGGCUGAGAACCGUUGGUAUUUAUAAAUGCUUAUCUCCUACCAGUGUGCAUAUGAUGCUCGUAGGAUUGUUUGAUGAAUCACACAUUUUUCUAUGCAUACACCAUUCUAAAUUCAGUUUGUAAAUAGUAUUUUAGAAUAGUUUCUACACAAUAUUGAUAAAUGAGGCCCCUGGAUUGUACAAUAUUUGACCAUUUAUUAUUUUUCAAAUUAUUCAAGCUCUGUCAAGUUGAUUGUUGAUCGUUCAUUGCUAGACAGCCAUUUUCAAGUCUUACCAUAGAAAGCAGGUUUUCCUCUCGAUUUUGCCUGUGCUCAUUGCUGUAUUCCAUUUUUUUUAUUUUAAAUUUACUCCCUAGUCCAGGGUUUCGCAAACUCGGUCCUCGGGACCCCAAGGGGUGCACAUUUUGGUUUUUGCCCUUGCACUACACAGCUGAUUCAACCAACUAAUCAUCAAGCCGGAGGACAGAGUUUGGAAAACGCUGCCCUAGACCUUGCCGAUGACAAGCAUACCCAUAACAUGAUGCCACCGCCACUAUGCUUGAAAAUAUGAAGAGUGAUACUCAGUGAUGUGUUGUAUUGGAUUUACCCCAAACAUAACUCUUUGUAUUCAGGACAAAAAGUUCAUUUCUUUGCCACAUUUUUUUUGCAAUAUUACUUUAGUGCCUUGCUGCAAACAGGAUGCAUGCUUUGGAAUAUUUUUAUUCUGUACCGGCUUCCUUCUUUUCACUCUGUCAUUUAGGUUAGUAUUGUGGAGUAACUACAAUGUUGUUGAUCCAUCCUCACUUUGAUCAUAUCACAACCAUUAAACUCGUAACUGUUUUAACAUCUCCAUUGGCCUCAUGGUGAAAUCCCUGAGCAGUUUCAUUCCUCUCCGGCAACUGAGUUAGGAAGGACGCCUAUCUCUGUAGUAACUGGGUGUAUUGAUACACCAUCCAAAGCCUAAUUAACAACUUCACCAUGCUCAAAGGGAUAUUCAGCAAUUGCUUUUUAUUUUAUAUUUACCCAUCUACCAAUAGAUGCCCUUCUUUGCGAGGCAUUGAAAAACCUCCCUGGUCUUUGUGGUUGAAUCUGUGCUUGACAUUCAUUACUCGAUUGAGGGACCCUACAGAUAAUUGUAUGUGUGGGGAACAGAGAUGAGGUAGUUAUUCAGAUAUCAUGAUAACCACUAUUAUUGAACACAAGAGUAUAUCCAACUUACUAUGUGAUUCGUUAAGCACAUUUUUACGCUUGCCACAAUAAAUGGGUUGAAUACUUAUUGACUAAAGACAUGUCAUCUUUUAAUUUUGUAUUGAAUUUCAAAAAAUUAUACUUUGACAUUAUGUGGUAUUGUGUGUUUGGUCAGUGACACAAUCUAAAUGUAAUCUAUUUUAAAUGCAGGCUGUAACACAACAAAAUGUGGAAAAAGUCAAUACUUUCUGAAGGCACUGUAAGUAAACAUUGGAGGACAAAUUAUUAUUAUUGGUUAUAAUGAUUGUUAUUGGUGUGUGAGUCUGGGCUGGAGAUAAUAGUAUACAUAUUAUAUGAGAGUUAAUACCUAUGUAUUCCAAUGAGCCUCGAUCAUCGUCCAAAAGCACAUGCCUUCCUGAUGCAGAGAGACCAAAAGAAAUGCCCAUGUCCAUCCCAUACCCUUACCUCCUCAACCCCUUAUAACCCAACCCUAACCUGCUCAGUGUUUAGGCUGUUCCUGCUGGCAGUGCCUUCUGUUCUAUGUAGCCUUGUGUAUGUAACUGGGUUCUAUAUGUCGUAUCUCUUUUCCUUGCCACCUAUUUUUGUCCUUUAUCACCCCCCUCCUAUUCCUGCCCUCACAGGGCAUAUAGAGAGGCCACACAAACAGAUCUGAGAUCAGACUACAUGUCUGUGAUGGAACCCAUAAGAGUGUGUGUGUGUCUGUCUGUGUGUGUUUUUGACUGUGUCUGUUACAUCUGCGUGUGUGUUAUUUAUUUUACGUUUCACCCCCUUUCAGCAUGGUGUUAAGUGUCAGAGGAUGUGGACAAUCAAUGCUUUCCAGCAAUCUCUAAGUUUGGUUUAUCUGGAGAAUUAGAUGUGUAUAUAGAUAUCUGUAAACCUGUAAAGAAAAUGAAGAAUUAAAUAAAUUGUCAUCCUUUAA